AUGGCUACUAUCGUAUCAAGAUGUCAUCACUAUGCCAGUCUUGUGAUCAUUUUGUUGAUGUUCUUUCGUCUUGGUCAAAGUCAAACAAGACCUCGUAUGAAAGUUGAGUCUGGCAAUUUGGUCUUUUCUACUGGAACUAAUAAUAACAUUUCCUUUUCUGCCGGUCAAGGAGGUGCAAUCUUAUUAAAUAAUGUCAAUGUCAAUGGAAUGCAAGAAAAUAGAUACAUUUUUGCCGCUAGAAAUUACAAUAAAAAUGAAUACUAUUAUACUGAUGGAGAGAUUGAAAUUGGCAAGGUAUUGGCAUUGCAGAAAAUUGCAGAUACUGUAAAAAUCGAUGAAUGUGAAAGUUCUCCUUGUAAAAAUGGUGGCCACUGUUUCGAUCUGUAUUCAAAGUAUUUUUGCUUUUGUACGGCUGGAUUCACGGGUCCUGCUUGCGAGUAUGAUAUUAAUGAAUGUAUUCGUCGGCCAUGUCGCAAUGGCGCAACUUGUGUCAAUUCGCCCGGCUCAUUCUAUUGCACAUGUGCUAAAAAUUUCCAAGGUCUUCGUUGCACAGUUAACGUAACUAUUCCAUCAGUUACUAUUCCGUCUGCUUGCUCCCUUGGAAACCCCUGCUUGCAUGGUAGUUGUGUCGCUGUAUCCAAUCCUGCAACAGGACAACCCAAUUAUAGAUGCAUUUGUAAUGCAGGUUGGACUAUUGGUAAAAAUCCCGAAUGUAACGUCGAUGUUAACGAAUGUAAUACUAGAGGCACUUGUUCCAUAGAUCCAUCAGUAACAUGUACCAAUACUCCAGGAUCAUAUCGAUGUGGUCCAUGCCCUGCAGGUUACUCUGGCAAUGGUAUUACAUGUACUGAUAUUAACGAAUGCUUACAAAAUAAUGGUGGUUGCUCUCGUGUAGCUACCUGUACAAAUACUCGUGGUUCAAGAAAAUGUGGUCCUUGCCCAACAGAUCAAGGCUAUAUCGGAAAUGGAUUGAAUUGUACUUAUGUUGGAUUAUGUUACUUCAAUAAUGGCGGAUGUGCUCACAAUGCAAAAUGUACUGAUUUCUUUGGUGGUGGUCGAACAUGUACAUGCCCUACUGGAUAUACUGGUAAUGCUUUGAAUAUUGGCAGUGGCUGCAAUCCUGUUGGAGGUAUUUGCUCAUCUGGCCCUUGCCGAAAUGGUGGUACUUGUAAUCCUAGUCCACGUAGCUAUACCUGUACCUGUACUAGUGCUUGGACAGGUACAAAUUGUGAAGCAAGUAGCAAUCCAUGUGGUAGCAAUCCAUGCCAAAAUGGUGGUACUUGUACUAACUUUGGCUCAACUUUCCAAUGUUUUUGUUCAAGUGCUUUCACUGGUCCCAUUUGCCAGUAUUCUCAACAAGUUUGUGGUGGUUCGUUAACUGCCCCAGAUGGCGAUUUCCGUUUUCCUCCAAAAGGUCUGACUAAUUAUCCCGGUGGUGCAACCUGUACAUGGAUCAUUACAGUUGCUCCACAAUUUCUAGUUUAUCUCAAUUUUACCCAAUUCCAGCUAGAGCAAUCUAAUCAAUGUACUAAAGAUUACGUGGAAAUUAGAGAUGGAACUUCAUCAGCUGAUACCCGUAUAGGAAGAUUCUGUGGUAGCAAUGUACCAACUUUGCCAUCACCUCUAUCGUCAACUAAUAGUUUAUGGAUUACUUUCCGUUCUGAUGGUAGUAUCGACUUCCCAGGAUUUAUUGCUAGUUAUUACAGUGUACCAUUAUCUUGUGGGGCUAAAUUAACUGGUAUUACGGGCACAAUUCGGUCACCCGGUUAUCCUGGCCGUUAUCCAAGUAAUCGAGACUGUGCUUGGACAAUUUCCGUCCCUGCUGGCUAUAUUAUUACGCUUAACUUUGCUGCAUUUAGCCUACAGAGUUCUACUGGAUGUAAUAAUGAUUUCUUACAGAUUCGGGAAGGAGGAAGUAUUUCUGGUACCUUAAUUUCGAACCUUUGCGGACAAACACUUCCACGACCAAUUGCUUCCAAAUCAAAUCAGCUAUAUCUACGAUUAGUUACUGAUGGAUCGAUUACAGCGUCUGGAUUCUUAAUAACAUACUCUGCAACUCGAUCAACGGUUUGUGGUGGAGUAUUAACAGCAUCUUCUGGAAGCAUUGUGUCUCCUAAUUACCCUGGAAAGUAUCCUAAUAAUGCUGAAUGUAUUUGGACCAUACAAAUGCCCGUAGGAGCGAGAAUUACUCUUAAUUGGCAAAAUAUAGAUAUUGAACAGCAAGAUCAGUGCAAUUUCGAUUAUGUAGAACUACGAAAUGGCAAUUCAACCACGGCUCCUUUUGUAGGCAGAUACUGUGGCAAUAAUCCUCCAGCAACAUUUACCUCUACCGGAAAUAACUUAUAUAUCAAAUUUAAAAGUGAUGGUUCAUCUAGUGGAAAUGGUUUCCGAUUAAGCUAUACUUUAGCUUGUGGUGGUAUUUUAACCAGCCCGACUGGUUCUAUUCAAUCAUUAUUCUAUCCAUCUCCCUAUCCAUUAUCUACUACAUGUGUAUGGACCAUUCAAGUUCCGUUUAAUCAAAAAAUUGUAUUAAAUUUUGCCGCUUUUGAAGUCGAAGGAGCUGCAAAUUGUUCAGGAGAUUAUUUGGAACUAAGGAGUGGUAGCGCAGCUACUUCCCCUCUGAUUACACGAUUAUGCGGUGUUGUUAAUCCAGGCCAACUUAUUAUCAAUAAUAACAAUUUAUACUUAAGAUUUACUUCUGAUGCAAAUUACAGUCCUCGUGGAUUUAAUUUAACUUAUUCUGCGAGUUCAACAGUAUGCGGUGGAUUCUUAACUGCUACCACGGGAACAUUCAGUACACCAGUUAACGUAAACACUGGUCAAUAUUUAAACAAUGCAGUUUGCAACUGGGUUAUUUGGGGUGGAUUUCGUAAAAUUAUUCGUAUGACAUUUAAUUCAUUCUCACUUCAAUCAAGCACUAACUGUUCAGCUGAUAAAGUAAUAAUCUACGAUGUUGGAUCAUUUAAUCCAAACACAGUCCAAGGUCCAAGCUAUUGUGGCAGUAAUAUACCGCCAGUUUUUACUUCAACACGUAAUGUUGCUAGACUAUCUUUUACGUCAGAUAGCAAUGUUACAAGUAAUGGUUUUUCAGUGAAUUAUAAGAUUCUCGACUUUGAGAAAGCAUGUGGUGGCGAUCUUACAAGUCCAACUGGCGUUAUUACUUCCCCUAAUUUCCCCAAUCAAUAUCCUCGUGGAGCUCGUUGUGCUUGGUUAAUAACAGUGCCUACUGGGCAACAGAUUUCUCUAUCAUUUUCAAAUUUCUCUGUAGGAUUUAGCAAUUGUAUCUUUGAAGGUGUUACAGUAUAUAAUGGGCCUAAUGUUAAUUCUCCCGUACUCGGGGCAUUCUGUGGUAAAACAUUGCCACCUUAUUUAAUAUCGCGUGGCAACAGUCUCUACAUUCUGUUUCGAUCCAGUGUAUUCUUAACGGACACCGGAUUCAGCUUGACUUAUACCACUGCAUCGUCAACUUGCGGUGGAUCACUUUCUACGCCAACUGGAGUUAUUACUUCUCCCAAUUAUCCUAAUUUCUAUAGCGUUAGUACUGACUGUGUGUGGACGGUUGCUAGACCGCCUGGCAAUAAGCUUGAGAUAUUAUUUACCGAUAUGGAUUUGGAACAAAAUGCUAAUUGUAGCUAUGAUUUCGUUGAGAUUCGUGAUGGUUCAUAUCCUACCUCUCCGCUACUUGGACGUUAUUGUGGAAGUAGUAAACCGGCUUUGAUUAAAUCAACUUCGAAUCACAUCAGAAUUUUAUUCCGAUCAGAUGGGAAUCAAGUUUCUAAGGGUUUUAGAUUGCAAUAUACCGGAGAUUGUGGUGGAACAUUAACCGCCAGGAACGGUUUUAUUGCAAGUCCAAAUUAUCCCAAUUCAUUUAACAAUCUAGUUAACUGUACUUGGAGAAUACAACUCCCAUUUUAUUUAAAUGUUACUGUUUCAGUCACGAAUUUUAAUGUUCCAUCGCCAGAUACUAAUCGAUGCCCCAGUGAUUUCCUGGCUGUAGGAAGUGGAUCUGAUCCUAAUAAGGGUUUAAUUUCUCGGUUGUGCGGAACAAGUGUUCCAGCACCUAUCUUAAUAACAUCUUCUUCGGCACGUGGUAACGUUUGGAUACGAUAUUUUAGCGAUGGUUUUAAUCAAGCUCCUACAUUUAGGCUUGCAUAUACAUCAUCAGUAUGCGGUGCACGUCUAUCUGGAAAUUCUGGUACUUUUAGUAGUCCGAAUUAUCCCAAUAAUUAUACACCGAAUGUGGGUUGUGAAUACAGUAUUGAAGCACCUUUGGGUAAAGCAAUCCAAGUUCGCUUUAGUACCUUCCAAUUGGGCGGUACUGCGUGCUCUUCGAGCAUAGAAGUUCAUAAUGGGCUUAGUCGUAGUAGUCCUACACUUGGAAUCUAUUGCAACAAUAGAAAUCCAUUUACUAUAACUUCAUCUGGAAAUCGUAUGUGGCUGCUCUUCUUAUCUGGACCAACGGCUGGCAGAGGGUUUAAUGCAACUUAUACGACAACAUCUACCAAAUGUGGUGGUGCCUUUACAUCGCGUCAUGGUUCUUUAUCAUCUCCUAAUUAUCCCAGUAACUAUGGCGCAAACGAGGAAUGUAUCUGGACUAUCACAGUUAGUCCGCACAACAUUGUACAGCUGAGCUUCAACAGUUUUAACAUCGAGGGUACCAAUAAUGUCUGCAAUAAUGACUAUCUAGAAGUUCGUCAAAAUUCUUCGACAGGCGCUUUAAUUGGUAGAUACUGUGGCCAUAAUUUACCGGGAACGGUUAGAUCGCUUGGUAAUAAAAUGUGGAUUAAGUUUGUUUCUAAUAAAGCAGUUCAAGCUAAAGGUUUCCAUGCGACCUACACUACAGCCUGCGGCGGUAUUUUAUAUGCUGCAAAAGGUGGUGUUUUGGCAUCUCCUCAUUACCCCAGCAAUUAUGAUAAUAGAAGCUUCUGUACUUGGACAUUGACUACGCAGCCUGGUUUCGUUUUAACGUUAACGUUUACAAACUUUAAUUUGCAGCAGAGCACUGGCUGUACAGCAGAUUUCCUUCAGAUUAAUAAUGGACCUGCGUCGGGCUCUCCGUUAUUAGCCAAGCUGUGUGGAUCUACCCUGCCUGGGCCUUUUACUUCAAGUGGUGACGCUUUGUAUCUUAUGUUUAGAACUGACACAAAUGUAACUGCUCCUGGAUUUAGAUUGGUUUAUAGCUCACAACUUAACACCUGCGGUGGAACAUUAACGCGAGACAGAGGUAUUAUCGAUUCUCCUGGGUACCCAACCACAUAUCCUCCAGAUGUAAAUUGCGUUUGGAGAAUCAAUGCCCCAGCCGGAGAUACAAUUUUGAUUUCCUUCGUAUCACUUAACAUGUCUAACAAUUGUGCGACAGAUUAUAUUGAAGUACGGGAUGGCAAUUCUAACAAUGCGACUGUUCUUGGAAAAUAUUGUGGUACUACCGUACCAGCAACGUUUUCAUCAACUGGUCAAUACAUCUAUGUUAAUAUGAGGACUAGCGCUAAUGGCUUCGGUACUGGUUUUCGUCUCUCCUAUGUCAUUGGUUGUGGUAGCGCACUAACAGCUAGUACAUCGCCUCAAUUGAUUCAAUCACUAAAUUAUCCUAAUGCCUAUCCAACGAAUAAACUCUGCAAUUGGCAGAUUACGGCCCCGGCUGGUGUAAGAAUUAAUUUGAAAUUUAACGCAUUUGAUGUUAGAGGAAGUUCUAAUGGUUGCUUUGGUGAUUACGUGGAAAUUUUUGAUGGGCCUACUAUUGGAACACCACGUCUUGGCAUAUACUGCGAUGGCAAUGCUCCGAAUUCUCCUAUUGUUUCAUCAGGAAAUUCAGUUUGGAUUAGAUUUAACAGCGAUAGAGUAAAUACUGGUACAGGAUUUGAGUUGGAAUACCAACAGAGUAAUCAAUCUAUAGUUACUUGCGGUGGUUUACUAACGAACACAACUGGCAUGAUACUAUCACCCAAUUAUCCCAAUAAUUACCCUAACAAUGUCAUUUGUAGAUGGUCUAUUCGUGUCCCAUCCUAUAAUCACAUUAUCUUGACCUUUAAUUCCUUCAACCUUGAAGGAGGAGCUAAUUGUCCUGCUGAUUCUUUAACGGUCAUGGAUGGAACAUCACCGUUUGCAAGAACGUUAGGCAAAUUCUGUGGAUCGCAAAUACCAGCAGCAGUUCAAUCAUCAGGCGACCAAAUGUUACUUAUUUUUAAUUCUAAUUUUGGAGCCCCACAAAGUGGUUUUAAUGCAUCUUAUACUAUAGGUUGCGGUAGUACUUUAACUGGAUUCGCUGGUUCUAUUUCAUCUCCUGGCUAUCCUCGUGCUUAUGGCAGAAAUGUCAACUGCACCUGGAUUAUCAGCCAAACUGUUGGACGUACUGUUCGCGUUACUUUCUCUACUUUCCACAUACGUACUACUUCUAAAUGUAGUGGAGAUUAUAUCGAGUUUAGGAAUGGCGAUUCUUUAUCGUCACCUAUCAUUGGUGGUCGUUAUUGUGGUGAUACUGCACCAUUGCCAAUCCAAUCAUCUGAUAAUAAAUUGCUUGUCCGCUUUGUUUCGGGUGCAUCUGGAGGAGGAGCUGGUUUUAGGCUUAGUUACCAAGGGCAGCAAUUGGCUUGCGGUGGUACAUUUACUCUCGGCUCAACUCCAUUUGAUAUUACAUCACCUAAGUUUCCACAAAAUUAUCCCUCUAAUGUUGAAUGUGAAUGGACUAUCAAUGCACCAGCCAACGAAAAUAUAGCUAUCAACUUUAAGAAUUUCUCGCUAGAAACAUCGAAUAAAUGUUUCAACGAUUACGUUGAAAUUCAUGAUGGACGAACCGCGCGUGAUCCACUUCUUGGCAAAUUCUGCUCUACAUCCUUACCACCCAUGGUCUCUUCCACCUAUAAUUCAAUAUAUAUCAAGUUUAGAUCUAACUUUGGCAUUGUUAGUACCGGAUUUUUGGCGACAUUAUCACUCGGCUGCGGAGGUUAUCGAAUUGGUCAAUCGGGCACAAUCAGAUCUAAUGGUUAUCCAAAUGAUUAUAAGAACAAUCUAAACUGUUCUUAUGUCGUACAAGUUACAAGAGGUCACACCAUGAACAUUACUUUUAAUGAUUUUAGUUUACAAGGUGGCGUUGGUUGCCCAAAUGAUUAUGUUAUGGUCCGUGAUGGUAAAGAUGCUUCUGCUCGUCUUGUUGGUAAAUAUUGUGGUACUAGUACACCUCCUGGCUAUACUUCAUCUAGCGAUCAUGCAUUUAUUAAUUUCGUCACGGAUAGCAGCAUUACCAACAAGGGAUUUAGCCUUCGUUUUGCCCAAACUAACUUUGUUUGCGGUGGAACGUUAACGACUUCUUCGGGUGCUAUUACAACUCCUAAUUAUCCUGGUGGAUAUCCGUUAAAUGUCCGCUGUACAUGGGGUAUCACCGUUCAACCUGGUCGUGCUGUGCGAUUACAAUUUAAUAAUUUUAAUUUUCCACAAACUUCUGGUGGAUGCACUGCUAAUCAUCACGUUAGAGUCUAUUUAGGUGGAUCAACUACGGAUUCUCCAUAUGUCGAUUAUUGUGGUGGUAAUCUACCCCCUGUAACAACUUCAAGCGGUAAUAGAAUGAUUGUUGUUUUCGAUUCAACUUUGGGUUCAACAGAUAACCGUGGUGGAUUUAGCGCUUCCUAUACAUCUAAUGGUGCAGGAUGUGGUGGAGUAGUUACUGGUGCCCUUGGCAUUAUCCGAUCGCCAAACUAUCCAUCAAAUUAUCCCAAUAACCUAGAUUGUGUUUGGAAUGUUAAUGAACCAAAUGGGACCGUUUCACUUAUUUUUACUACCUUCCGACUUGAAGCUAAUAGUGGAGCAUGUGUAACCGAUAUUGUUCAGGUAUUUGAUGGGCCUAGUACCAGUUCACCAUCACUUGGGACGUUUUGUUCCAGUAACAUACCAAAGACUCUUAUUUCUACCGGAUCUCAACUAACCUUAAGAUUUAAAACUGAUAGUGCUGGCAAUAAUACUGGAUUCCAAGUUUAUUAUAAGCAUGGUUGUGGUGGCAGGAUUACUGCCGCCUCUGGUAAUAUCACUACUCCAAAUUAUCCAAGUAAUUAUCCUGCAAACUCCGAUUGCCUAUGGAUUUUAUCUGUUCCUUUCAUUAAUGCUAUUACGCUGACAUUCAGGAGCUUCAACUUGGAAGCAGGGCAAAACUGUCAAAACGUUGAUUAUCUCCGAGUUCGUAAUGGCCAAAGUGUUACCUCUCCGUUGCUUGGUACAUUUUGUGGUACUACUGUACCAAGUCCAAUAACAUCAUCUGAGAAUCAUCUUUACAUUCGAUUUCAUUCGGAUGGUAGUGCUCAGAAACCGGGUACUAUGAUGUCAUGGACUAGUCAGCAUCGAGCUUGUGGAGCUAUAUUUACAUCGCGUCGAAAUACCAUUUAUUCAACUAAUUAUCCAAGAAAUUACCCUGUUAGUACGGAAUGUUCUUGGAUUAUUACUACCGCUCAGUCCGAAUAUAUUUCACUCCAAUUUUUCGUUUUCAAUAUGGAGUCAUCACCCAAUUGUGCUAACGAUUACUUGGCUGUUUACGAUGACACUCAUGUCCAUGCCAAGUUAUUAGCUAAAUUUUGUGGCUCGGUAGUUCCUCAGCCGUUCUUAGUUCCUACCCAUAAGGCCAAAUUAGUAUUUUCGUCUAACGCUAACGUAACUGGAAGAGGAUUCAUUAUAUUUUAUGACACAGUCUGUGGUGGUAGUUUCAACGGUAGUUAUGGUACUAUCCAAUCCCCAAAUUACCCUAAUCAAUAUCCAGCAAGGCGUGAUUGUCGAUGGGUAAUAACUGGUCCGCCCGGUCAAACGAUAUCAUUAAAGUUUAGUCCAACAAGCUAUGGUUUGGAAGCUAAUGCAAAUUGCAUCUACGAUUAUAUAGAAUUAAGGGAUGGAGCAAGGUCUAAUGAUACAUUAUUAGGUAAAUUUUGUGGAACAAAUGUGCCAGCAUGUAAUUAUCAUUACACAACAUCAAGUGGAACCUUUACAACGCCUAACUACCCUAACAAUUAUAGACCUGAACAAGAUUGUUAUUACACCAUCACUGUUGCUACUGGAAAUGUUAUUACGCUAUCGUUUGCAUCUAUUAACGUCGCAUCAGGUGUUCUAUGCGAAAAUGAUUACGUAGAAAUCAGAAGCGGAUUAAAUUCAUCUGCACCUUUAGUUGGCAAAUUCUGUGGUAACAAUUCGAUAGGUGAAAUUAUAUCAUCUGGCAAUUCUAUGUACAUACAUUUCCACAGUGAUCAAUCUACGGAAGCUAGUGGUUUUGCUGCCCAAUAUACUUCCGGUCUAGGGUGUAAUCAAGAUUUUAAUACGGAAAAUGGUACUUUCCAGUCACCUGGUUACCCAUCCAAUUACGCUUCCAAUCUAAAUUGUAUUUAUAAAAUCCAGUCAUCUGGAUUCAGAAGACGUAUCUCACUUACUUUUACUGACUUUGCUCUCGAAUCAUCCAGCGCUUGCGUAAAUGAUUAUAUAGAAAUCAGAAAUGGCCCAUAUCAGUCAUCACCAUUAUUGAAUAAGUACUGUGGUUCUACCGCGCCAGCUACAAUUCUUGCAACUACAACUAGCUUGUGGAUUAAAUUUCAUACAAAUGCAGCAUCUAAUAUGAAAGGUUUCAAUGCUACGUGGGUAACUGUACCAGGAUGUGGUCAAAAUGUUACAGCUACUACAAAUCCACAAUUCAUCACCUCGCCAAACUAUCCCAAUAACUAUAAUAAUUACGCUGAUUGUCGCUACUUUAUUUCUGCUCCUGUUGGCAAACAAAUCUUUUAUAGCUUUACAUCAUUUUCAAUGAGUCCCAGCGCUUUCUGCAAUCAGGAUUAUAUCGAUUUAUUGGAAAUAAGUUCACAAGGACCUUACAAUAUCGGUAGAUUCUGUAAUCAAUAUUCACCUCAACCAGCAUUUAGUGCUGCAAAUCUGCUGACUAUGUCUUUCAAAAGCGAUGCGUCUAAUACUGAUUCUGGUUUUAACAUGACUUAUUAUAUUAAAGGCAAGUUAUCGGAAAAGUUAACUGCUUACAGCUUCUUGAUCUUUAUAAUUCAUCAUUAA